ACAGUUACUGCCGAUAGGACCGUUAUCACUUUUAAAUGCACAACGACCUUGUGUGAACGCCAAUUUCAAGAUGCCAAAGAUUUAGUAGCGCACCUAAAGGAGCAUAUUGUGGAAGGACGUGUUGUGAGCUGUCCAUUAAGAGGAUGCACACGUGUUUUCAAAGUCAAAUCUUCAUUUACCGCGCACAUGGGAUUGUAGUAUCAGAUGGAACAGUUGUCAAAGGAACAUUGUAUUGCAUUGCUGGAGAUAAUCUGGGCUCACAUUCAAUUGGAGGCUUCACUGAAAAUUUCAGUCACUCAAAACAUUUCUGUAGGUAUUGCCUAAUAACCCGAUCACAAUUUCAGAGUGAUGAUCCAAAUCUGUGUGGACCAGAGCGUACCAUCAAGACCUACAGUUCUGCUGUUGAUCGUCUCCAGACUGAAGGAACAACAGAAAUUGAAGGAGUAACGUUCAAAAAUGGAUUGUGCAGAGCAAAGCAACCUAAGAAGUGCCAUUACAAAAGUGUUGCCAGAGCUCCCAGCUGCAGUUCUAAAUAUUGUAGAAGAGACACUACAAACUUUAGGGGUGGAGACCACUGAGGAUUUACGCUUCAUCCAGGAAGCUGAUCUGCUUUCAGUACUGAGACCAAUUCAAGCGAGAAAAUUGGUGGCUGCUUAGAAAGAAACCACAUGUGACACUGAAAUUCACUGCCCAUCACCAUUACCAUCUUCAGCAUCCUCAUCUCGAGAAAGCCAACAGGAGAAAAAGGAGAAGAUGAAGGUGCGCUUUGAGCAGACGAACUUCAAUCCAGAUGAGGUAAAAACUCUUAUGAAGUGCACCUACUACUCCCAGUGGAAAGAGAUAAACAGUGGAACAGAUCUAAAAUAUCUCAUGGAAGAGUGGCCUUUUUUGUUCACAGAGAUUGGCAUGACAGUCCACUUCCAAGAGCUCACUGGGGUAUCACUGAAGGACACAUUCCUCAACAGUCUAGAAAAGAAGGGAAAACGUCUUCUGGACUUUAUGAGAACCACUUGUGCAGACAAGAGCAAACGUGUUUUGCAGGAAGUCACAAAGCUAAAAAUUCUCAGAGGCCAGUUGGAUGGCUGCUCAGAAGAUGUCAAGGAUAUGGUGCUCCUCCUCCUCUGCUACUUUGAUGAAAAAGAGGAGAGCCUCUUCCACUAUGUAGAGGAAACAUGCCUGGCAAAAGAAAUACAAAUGGAAAGGCUGCCUUUGACACCGUGCAUUGUUGUAUGUGGAACCACCUGCUAUGCAUCAAGGCUGUUCAUGCUGAGUAUAGACUGCAAGAUUGUGAAUGACCAGAUCCCUAACUUCAUCUUUGCCAUUUGUUUGAUGUUCAGAAGCUAUUAUUGCCUCAAUAUCCACUAUCCAGUGGCUCUAGGCACUACACUUGAGUUCCUUCAGAGAGCGGAUCGCACCAGUCCAUGCCUGAUGCACAACGUGUAAGUCUUCAGGCAGACAUGAUGAGACACCUGCUCAAAGUUCCAGUUUCCUGAACGUCAUACAUCAUAUGUCUCUGGGACUGUCCCAUCUCUCUUCAGUCAAAUCUGGACACAAUGACUUGGACACCAGUGAUGUCAAGGUUAAUUAGAGAGAUGAUCGUACCAGUCCGCAGUAAACACGUUACGGACAACAUGUGUCUUCAAGCAGAACUCGGGACAGUACAUAAGUUGCUGAGACGAUCAUACCAGUCCACAGUAAACACGUUACGGACAACAUGUGUCUUCAAGCAGAAAUGGGGACAGUACAUAAGUUGCUGAGACGAUCAUACCAGUCCACAGUAAACACGUUAUGGACAACAUGUGUCUUCAAGCAGAACUGGGGACAGUACAUAAGUUGCUGAGAUGAUCAUACCAGUCCGCAGUAAACACGUUAUGGACAACAUGUGUCUUCAAGCAGAACUGGGGACAGUACAUAAGUUGCUGAGAUGAUCAUACCAGUCCGCAGUAAACACGUUAUGGACAACAUGUGUCUUCAAGCAGAACUGGGGACAGUACAUAAGUUGCUGAGAUGAUCAUACCAGUCCACAGUAAACACGUUACGGACAACGUGUCUUCAAGCAGAACUGGGGACAGUACCUAAGUUGCAGUCCAUGUGAGACUCUUGCACACCGAGUGCCCUCUUCAGUCAAGCCUGGACUCUGACUCAUUACUUUUGAUCUUCCUGGGCAAGUGGCAAUUUUUUUUUUCAUAUUUAUUUAUUCCACCUUGUGUUAUAUUUAAGAUGCACACAGAACCUCUUUUUCAAUUGUAACCCAACUUUGGAGUAUACAGUAUCAUUUAUUGGAUCACAGAUGUGUAAAUGCAAAAACUGUUUAUUAUUGAUAUCCUGUAAGCAGUUUACAGUGGAUUUUAUUAGUCAUUUAAAAUGUAUUCAUAAAAACUAGUGACUGUAAAAUUUAUGUCAACCAAUUAUAAUAUUUUAUGGGUUAUACUGUAUUUUUUUUCAGCGAAAUUCUGGUAACCACAGCUGCCGGUAAUUUUCUGUAAAAUCAAAAUUUUACUUAAUAGCUGUUGUUUUUAGGUUUACAAAUCUGUCUGUUUUUGAUAUAAAUUUAACGUAAAUUAAGUAACAGUUCUUAGCUGUGAAAAUUACAUUUGACAAAUGCAUAUACCGUAAUGUGUUAUACAUUGACACUGUAUUUUUUACGGUGAAAUUCUGGCAACCGCAGCUGCCAGUAUUUUACCGUAAAAUCACCCUUUACAAUAAAAUACCGUAGUAUGUCA